AUGAGGCGGCACAAGGAUGUAUUAUCUUUAUUGAAACCUUCAGCAACUUCAUUUUCAAGAGCAAAUGGAUUCAAUAAAGAGGCAGUAAACAAUUUCUUUGAUAUCUUAGAAGCUGAGUAUAGGAAACAUAAAUACCCAGCCGACAGAGUUGUCAAUGUCGACGAGACAGGGAUAUCUCUGGUUCAGAGUAAAAUUCCUAGAGUAAUUGGUUUACGGGGGAAGAGACAAGUGGGAGCUCUUAGCUCAGCUGAAAGAGGCUCUCUUGACCCUGUCAUCUGUUGCAUGAGUGCAGGGGGCACUUUCAUUUCGCCCAUGUUAAUUUUCCCAAGGAAAAACAUGACAGAUCUGCUUAUGAAAGGUGCUCCACCACGGGCGAUUGGUAGGUUCCACCCUUCAGGGUGGAUACAAUCAAAUCUGUUUACAGACUGGCUACGCCAUUUUAUUGAGAAGACUAAGCCAACAAAAGGAGAUACUGUACUUCUGAUCCUAGAUGAUCGCAACUCCCACACAAAAAACAUAGAUAUUGUGAAUCUUGCGAGGGAUAACUUCAUAUCAAUCAUUAGUUUGCCCCAUAAGCUACAACCAUUAGACAAGUCAUUCCUGGGGCCACUGAAACACCACUACAGUGAAAAAUACGCCGGUAUAUUCGACAUGGCGAAAAACGAGUGGGACCCUAUGACUUUGCGGAGCUUCUAG